UAAAAAAGUGUGCAGCGCAUCAACUCUUCAUUUAACGGAUUACAUUUUGAACCGGACAGCAGCCAAUCAAAUUGUACCAGCUGAGAAAAAAGUGUGCGUGGCAGUGCAGAGGAAUGUCGACGGGUGAAUUCAGAUGGAGCCCUUGGAAAGACGAUACCCCAAAUUAUUAUUUUCGGAUAUAAAGACGACGCUGUAUCAACAAAAAAACAGAUUGCAACUUGCAAAACAUGCGGGAAGAAAACUACAGACGGAGGCGUAACAAUUUUCAACUUUGUUCGACAUUUGAAGCUGCACAAAGAACAAACUGCCUGAACAGCUAGAGAGUGUGUUUGUGUGUUCCCGGACCAGGGUGACUGAAGUAUACACACCCUGUGUUUACGAGGCUCCGUAGGAGACAACUCCAGACCCCAGAGUGAGGAUUGUGUGUGAGCCUCUCGCUCCAUAUGUGUGUGACAAUGGGGGACAUCAGUGAUCUGGACAGACAGAUCGAACAACUUAGGCGCUGUGAACUCAUCAAGGAAAAUGAAGUCAAAGCACUGUGUGCCAAGGCCAGGGAGAUUCUGGUAGAGGAGAGUAACGUACAGAGGGUGGACUCUCCAGUUACAGUGUGUGGGGAUAUUCAUGGACAGUUUUAUGACCUAAAGGAGUUGUUUAGAGUAGGGGGCGAUGUUCCGGAGACAAACUAUCUCUUCAUGGGUGACUUUGUGGACCGAGGCUUCUACAGCGUGGAGACGUUCCUGCUGCUCCUAGCACUCAAGGUGCGGUAUCCAGACAGGAUCACUCUGAUCCGAGGGAACCACGAGUCACGGCAGAUCACACAGGUCUACGGCUUCUAUGACGAGUGCCUCCGCAAGUACGGCUCGGUCACCGUGUGGAGAUAUUGCACCGAGAUCUUUGAUUACCUGUCCCUCUCUGCCAUCAUUGACGGCAAGAUAUUCUGUGUGCAUGGUGGCCUUUCUCCCUCUAUUCAAACUCUGGACCAGAUCAGAACUAUCGACAGGAAGCAGGAAGUGCCUCACGAUGGCCCCAUGUGUGACCUGCUGUGGUCUGACCCAGAAGACACCACAGGGUGGGGGGUGAGCCCGAGGGGGGCGGGCUACCUGUUUGGCAGUGACGUGGUGGCCCAGUUCAACGCGGCCAAUGACAUCCACAUGAUCUGCAGGGCCCACCAGCUGGUCAUGGAGGGCUACAAGUGGCACUUCAAUGAGACCGUGCUAACUGUGUGGUCCGCACCCAACUACUGCUACAGAUGUGGUAAUGUGGCAGCCAUCUUGGAGCUGGAUGAGCACCUGCAGAGGGAGUUCAUCAUAUUUGAAGCCGCCCCGCAGGAAACCAGGGGUAUUCCCUCCAAAAAGCCAGUGGCAGACUACUUCCUGUGACCUCUCACCCUGGAGGGAAUACGGAGCCUUUGGCUGUGUUCCCCUGCUCAGACGUUGCAUGCAUCAACCAAUGGUUGCGUGCCACAUCAUUGACUGUCGUCGACUGCUAUAUUGCUAUAACUUGAUGUGGUUAGCUGAUACUUAAAAUGUCUAUCCAGGGGUUGUAAGAUCUGGCAUGCGUUAGCAAUGCCUGGGCAGAGGAAUGCACCCUUUAUGUUAGGAUGGUUUCUUGUGUCUUGAACCUCUUUGGUUCUGUUUCAAACUGACCCCUAGACCAGGGGUAUACAACCCUGUUCCUGGAGUGCUGCAGGUACUGUACAAUUGUCUCAAGGCACCACAUUGAGCUACUAAGCUUAUUUAUUCCUUCCGCACACCAGGACCAGGGUUGCCUACCCCUGCCCUAGACACUUCUUGAUUCGCCACUGUAGAGAUGAAAGAGCUGUGUCAGUGUGAGCAAUAUGGCAGAAACUCCACCUACCCUAUCAGAGGAUGAGGUGGCGCUAUUACCAUACUGCUGAUACUGUCCUGGCCUUGGUUGGAAGAUCAUGAAGUAUCUAGUUGUGACUGCUUUGGGUCUGAAUGAAUCUGUGCCCAUUUCAGCUCUUUACAAUGGCCAUAGUUCUUUUUCUUCCUCCCCCCCUAUUAACUUCUCUUAUCCCCUCUCACCGCCAUUGAGUUAUUUGGUAUUUGCCCUUCCCCCUAAUCUUGUAGUAUUUUUACAUUUGAAAAUGUGAACAUUGUCCUACGGAUGGAGGGAUACUUGAAAGGAGAUGAAAGAAUAUUUUAAUCUGCAGAUAUAGGAAAUUAACCCAUUUCUGGGUUGAAUUUUCCAUAUGCAUAAUUUCUUACACAUUUUUCUUUUCUUUGAUUUUUGUAUAACUGUUGUUUUAAAGGAUGAAUUGCAAAAAUUAUUUUUCUUCAGUUUGCAAUUUCAGUGUCCUGUUUGCUUGUUUUCUCGAACUCAGUUUUCAAAAACAUUGUUCUCGAUGCUACUCAGCCUAAACAGCACCCACACUCAAACAAAAAUAAAGUAACUGGUUAAAUGGGAUCACUACACACAUUUUUUUUCUUUCUGUACCUUGUUGAUGCCUAUUGAUCCACAAAUCUCUGUAGGGUUCACUGUUGACUUUUGAUAUUGUGAAAAUAAAAUCUUUUUGUAUCAAUCUC